AUGUGCCUGCACUGUAUAGGGGAUGAAAGCACCCAAGUUAACCCCGAAGGACCAAGAAUUUCUCGUCCUUCAGAUGUCACUGAAAGGCAGUCCAUAAAUAAACGUAUUCAGAAUAUGAAAGCCCUAAAGAAAGAGAAGAUGAAACUUAAUAAGCGGUUUGCAAAGCCCGCUCCUGUUCCAGAACCAGGGCUCCUA